UUGCUGGAAUUCAAGAACGCAAUAACCAACGACCCAGAUGGAGCCCUCACCUCCUGGAACAGCACCGUCCAUUUCUGCAGAUGGGCUGGAAUCUCCUGCAGCCCGGAACAGAGGGUCAUCGCUCUGUCUCUGCCGCGAUCCAAUCUCGAAGGCGCUCUGUCUCCACACGCUGGCAACCUGAGCUUCCUACAAUCCCUCGACCUCAAAGGCAACCGCUUUCGCGGGCACAUCCCGCAGGAAUUCGGGAACCUCCUCCGCCUCCAGACGCUGAACCUCUCCGCCAACUCGCUCCUCGGCGAGAUCCCGGUCAACCUCACUCGCUGCUCCCGGCUCAGGGAAAUAUGGCUGACCGACAACGCCCUCGUCGGCGGCAUCCCUGAAGAAGUCGGGCUCUGGCCAAACAUAGAGGUCAUCAGGGUGUCGAAAAACCAGCUCACAGGUUCCAUUCCUGCUUCUCUCGGGAACCUGUCGAAGCUCCAGAACUUCGGAGCGGCGUAUAACCAUCUGUCCGGACGAAUUCCUGAAACCGUGGCUCGGCUCUCCAGAUUAAGCCGGUUCGUCGUGGGAAUAAACCAACUGAAUGGUACCAUCCCUCCGUCUCUUUACAACUUGUCAUCCAUGACCAUCUUGACGCUAGUUUACAACCAAUUCCAAGGCACAAUCCCGAUGGACAUCGGAUUCACCCUCCCCAAUCUCCAGAGCUACGGGAUCUCACUGAACUGGAUGUCUGGGCCCAUCCCUGCAUCCUUGUGCAAUGCUUCUCAAAUGCAGGACAUGAACAUGAACAGGAAUAGCUUCUCGGGGAGCAUCCCGACUUGUUUCGGGAGCCUCCCGAAUCUUUUGUAUUACAAUUCCGGGUUGAACAACCUCGGAACGAAUUCAUCUGGCGAUUUGGAGUUCAUUACAGGGUUGAGCAACUGCAGUCAGCUGCAGGAGUUGGGUGUCAGCUUGAAUAAUCUUGGUGGGGAAUUACCCGAUUCCGUCGCCAAUUUGUCAGCGAAACUCUAUCAGUUCGAUGUUUCGUUUAAUUCCAUUCGAGGGAACAUCCCUGGAGGGCUGCAGAAUCUGGCCAGCUUGAAUAAAUUGGACCUGUCUUAUAACCUGUUCACCGGGCAACUUCCUUCCUACUUCAGCAAGUUCCAGAGCUUACAGGGGAUGUGGAUGGCGGAGAACCAAUUGUCUGGGGGGAUUCCAUCCUACAUCGGAAACCUGAGUGGGUUAACUCAGCUCGACGUUUCUAACAACAACCUUGAAGGCGUCGUUCCUCGGAGUCUAGGAAGCUGCCAACAACUGAACCUCCUGGAUCUCUCUGCCAACGGACUCACCGGCCAGAUACCAAGAGAGAUUUUCAAUCUUUCCUCCCUCUCCAUUGGGUUCAACCUAUCUCGCAACUCAUUGGCUGGUCACAUCCCUUAUGAAAUCGGGAGUUUAGAGAUUGUGGAAGCUCUAGAUUUGUCUUACAAUUCCAUGAUUGGAGGAAUCCCUGACACGAUUGGCGAGUGCAAGAGCCUAAAAGCUCUGUUUCUGCAGGGGAACUCUUUUACUGGAAGUAUUCCUCCAACAUUAGGCUCACUGCAAGUCAUGAAAAGUUUGGAUCUUUCUCUGAACAAUCUCACAGGUGGGAUUCCUCCGGGCUUGCAAGACAUACAAACCAUGCAGUAUCUCAAUCUUUCAUUCAAUCGCCUGCAAGGUGAGGUUCCGACGAAAGGGGUCUUCACCAAUGCGAGUGGCGUAUCUGUUAUUGGGAAUCUCAUGCUCUGUGAUGGUGUCGCAGAGCUCCAUUUACCGGAUUGCCCGAUCGAACGAACAACGAAUGGGAAAAGAGUUGUUAAGCUUACGCUCAUAAUUGUUUUGGUGUCUGUAUUUGUACUUUCUCUAGCAGGAUUACUACUUCAUUGUAAGAUGAGGAGAUCAAAGAAGAAAAUUUCAGAUGGAAGUUCUGCACUAAGCCACUUCGUCAUGGUUUCUUACAAAGACCUUCAUCAAGGAACAAAUGGGUUCUCGCCCGAGAACUUGAUUGGAUCCGGUGGCUUUGGCACAGGAAUCUGGCACAGGAAUCUGGUUAGAAUCCUAACUUAUUGCUCUAGCUUGGAUCGCAAGGGCAAAGAAUUCAAGGCUCUAGUCUUUGAGUACAUGCCCAAUGGGAGCCUAGAGGAGUGGUUGCACUCUAGUCGAAACUUGACCUUGAUCCAAAGGCUCAACAUCGCAGCAGAUGUGGCAUCUGGGUUGUACUAUCUUCACGAUCUCUGCGAAACUCCAAUAGUUCAUUGUGACGUGAAACCUAGCAAUCUCGAUGCCGACAUGGUUGCGCACGUCAGUGAUUUUGGUCUGGCUAGGGUUUUGUCAACUAACGUCAACAACUCGUCUCAAACCAAAAGUAGCACCAUCGGAAUUAAGGGAACAAUUGGUUAUGCCCCUCCAGAGUACGGAAUGGGAAUUGUAGUGUCAAAGGAAGGAGACGUGUAUAGUUAUGGGAUACUCCUGCUAGAGAUAUUCACAGGGAAGAGGCCCACAUCUGAAAUGUUUGGAGAAGGCGUGAAUAUACAUGACUUUGUGAAAGCAGCCAUUCCUAACAACAUAUUAUCAGUGCUAGACCCAUUGAUGAUACUUUCAGUAGCGACAUGUGGUCUCAGAGCGUUUGGAGCUUCUGUUGGGGGAGUUGAAAUCGAGGAGAUGGUAUUGACAGAAAGUGCGAGAAAUUGCUUGCUCGCGGUGCUUGAAAUUGCUGUGGGUUGCUCAACAGAGUUUCCAAGUGAACGUAUGAAGAUGGCUGAUGUUGCCAAAAAGCUCAUUUCUAUUCGGGAUGGUUUCAUUGCAUCAACAAGUGUCUCAAGGCAACGCAGGACAGAACGAGGCUAA